AAUAACUGCAAAUGAAUUGCGAUCCAAUGGAGUAUGGGUAAUAGGAUGCAGCAGUGCAGUUGCCUCACAUAUUCACAAGUGCACAACAUGCAGAAGGUACAGAAGGAGCACACAAGAUCCAAAAAUGGCAGAUUUGCCAGAAGAAAGAAUGGAAAUGACACCUCCUUUCACAUAUUGUGGUAUAGACUGCUUUGGACCGUUCUAUGUGAAGGAAGCAAGGAAAGAACUGAAGAAGUAUGGUCUUAUUUUCACCUGUAUGUGCUCUAGAGCCAUACAUAUUGAAAUGCUUGAUGACCUCACUACAGAUGCUUUUAUCAACGCAUUGCGUGGAUUCAUCGCCAUACGCGGCCAUGUAAGACAGUUGAGAUGUGAUCAAGGCACUAACUUCGUAGGUGCAAGAGGAGAGUUCAUGAAGGCAAUAAAGGAUUUGGAUCAUGAACAGUUAAAGGAAUAUGGAUGUGAGUUCAUAAUGAACUUCCCAUCAUCAAGCCAUAUGGGAGGCGUAUGGGAGAGGCAAAUAAGGACGAUCAGAAGUGUCUUGACCGUAAUCCUUGACCAGUCUGCUAAACGACUCGACAGUGCCUCACUCAGAACCUUUCUGUAUGAAGUUAUGGCUAUAAUAAAUAGCAGACCUCUUACAAUUGAGCAUUUGAAUGACCCAACAAGCCUUGAACCUCUCACGCCCAAUCACAUUCUCAUGAUGAAGUCUAACAUAAUAUUCCCACCUCCUGGUGAGUUUGUGAGUUCAGAUCUAUACUUGCGCAAGAGAUGGCGCCAGGUGCAGUUCUUGGCGAACGAAUUUUGGACAAGGUGGAAGAAGGAGUAUCUCCUUAAUCUUCAGCAAAGGCAAAUGUGGCAGAAAGAGAAAAGAAAUACAAAGGUUAAUGACAUUGUCAUCCUGCAGGAGGACAGUUCUCCACGUAACCAAUGGAGAUUGGCAAGGGUGACAGAGGUGUAUCCGAGCACUGAUGGAAUAGUUCGAAAGGUGAAAUUGUUGAUUAGUGACUCGACCUUAGACAGCCAGGGAAGACGCAUUACCAAGCCAGUCUACCUUGAUAGGCCUGUACAAAAGACAGUUGUAUUGAUUGAAGCAGAGUAAAGGUUAUGGUUGCCAUUUCAUAAAUACAGUAUUUUAUGUUACUGUAAGUAUUACGAGCAUACUUUAUGGUUGAAAUUAAAGUGUGAAAGGGUUUAAAUUGUGAGGUGAAAUGACAAAAUAGUCAUUUGGUGGGAGUAUAACUGUUAAACAUAUUAUUUCUGUUAUUUAACAUGUUUUUUGUUAAAUUUGUUAAGUCUUUUCAUGAAUAUUGAGUGUUGAUGUUAACGAGGAACUAAAGUAUGUUAAAGUACGUUUGCGUUGCACACGGACAUUUUUUAAGUGCAACAGGAAAAAGGUUUACGUUCUGGUGAGAAGUUAUUUCUCUGCUCGUGUAUUAAAAGAGUUACGUGUACUACAAGAUUUACUCGUAUUUUGAGCAAAUAACUAAAGAUGUUUUUUCUUUUUGUGUUUUAAGCAAAGGAUUAAAGAAGAUGUGUUUCAUUUUUGUGUUUUGAACGGGUAUUUCAAGAACUCAUUCCCUCUUGGUUAUAUGCAGCCAGCGAGUUUGACGGUGGUUUUCAUUGCCGGUUAAUGUGAUGACGAAGAAAUGGACGAAAAGGCAAUAAAUCCAUCAGUAAUCAGAACAACGGUGUCGUUUAU